GUUGCAGGUGUAGCGCCCCAAACAGAAGCUCCGCUGCGCCCUCCAGCGGUGACAGCGCGCGUCUCUCGCACAGCGGAAAACAAGUGCACUGCAGUUAAACGGCGCAUUCGGUGAGAGGUCGGUAAAGCGGUCGAGCCUGCUCGUCGGCAAACCUCUCCCUCCCUCGAAUCCACAUCCACGUUUAAGUUUUGCCCUCAAAAUCCCGCAAGUCGAAGGAACAGAAGCGUAAUCGUAGUGCUGGAAGACAGCUCGGAUAUUGCCGCGAACGCUGAGGGCUGAGAAAUGGCAACGACAACUUGCACGCGCUUCACCGACGAGUACCAGCUGUACGAAGAACUUGGAAAGGGGGCCUUCUCAGUGGUGCGACGUUGUGUCAAGCUGUGCACGGGCCAAGAGUAUGCUGCCAAAAUCAUCAACACCAAAAAGCUCUCGGCAAGAGAUCACCAGAAGCUGGAACGGGAAGCCCGUAUCUGCCGUCUGCUCAAGCAUCCUAAUAUCGUGCGGCUCCAUGACAGUAUAUCAGAGGAAGGCUUCCAUUACCUCUUAUUUGACCUUGUGACGGGUGGAGAGCUGUUUGAAGACAUUGUAGCCAGAGAAUAUUACAGUGAAGCUGACGCCAGUCAUUGUAUCCAUCAGAUUCUAGAGAGUGUCAGUCACAUUCACCAUCAUGAUAUAGUGCACAGGGACCUGAAGCCGGAGAACCUGCUUUUGGCCAGUAAAUGCAAGAACGCUGCUGUCAAGUUGGCCGACUUUGGCCUGGCCAUUGAAGUACAAGGAGACCAGCAGGCCUGGUUUGGGUUUGCUGGAACGCCAGGUUACCUUUCUCCAGAAGUGCUAAGAAAGGAGGCUUAUGGGAAACCUGUGGACAUUUGGGCAUGUGGAGUCAUCCUGUAUAUUCUGCUGGUGGGGUAUCCUCCAUUUUGGGAUGAAGACCAGCACAAGCUCUACCAGCAGAUCAAAGCCGGGGCUUAUGACUUUCCCUCCCCAGAAUGGGACACGGUUACCCCUGAAGCCAAAAACCUCAUCAAUCAGAUGUUGACCAUCAAUCCAGCCAAGAGAAUCACGGCGCAAGAGGCUCUUAAACACCCAUGGGUCUGCCAACGCUCCACUGUGGCGUCCAUGAUGCACAGACAGGAAACAGUCGAGUGCCUGAAGAAGUUCAACGCAAGAAGGAAACUCAAGGGUGCGAUAUUGACCACCAUGCUGGUGUCGCGCAAUUUCUCUGUGGGCAGGCAGACCACGGCACCCUCCACUGUCUCUGCGGCCGCCGCUGCAGCCGCCGCUGCGGCAGGUACCACCGCCGGUCUGGUGGAACAAGCAGCCAAGAGCCUGCUCAACAAGAAGGCCGAUGUCAAGAAACGGAAAUCCAGCUCCACCGUUCAGUACAUGCCACAGUCAAACAGUGCGAAAAACAGCAUAGUCACCAGUCCCAAAGGAAACGUCCCUUCUCCUGCUCUGGAGCCUCAGACCACUGUUAUCCAUAACCCAGUGGAUGGGAUCAAGGAAUCUUCAGACAGCAGCAACACCACCAUUGAGGAUGAAGAUGUCAAAGGGAAAAGCCUAGAUAGCAGUUCAUUUAAAGCCCCCUCUGAAGUCAGCCAAUCACCUCCAGGCUCCGCCCCCGCCAUCUUCUCCACCAAGCUGACCGACAUCCUGGGCUGCGCCCGCAGGGGCUCAGGACCCUCAGCCGUGCCUGAUACUGAAGCAGCUGUCCUCUCCAUCCAAUCCCCUCCACAGACCCCCAUCAUUCAGACCCGGUUCACAGAUCUGGUGAGCAGUGUGGGCCGUGCACCUGUCCCACAACCUCAGACGGAGUCGACUUCUUCCCGAACCUCUGUCCCCCCUCCCCAGCCCUCCUCUCCCCCAACCCCACCCCCCUCUGUGUCUGUGCAGACACGCAAACAGGAAAUCAUCAAGAUCACGGAGCAGCUGAUAGAAGCCAUCAAUAAUGGGGACUUUGAGGCCUAUGCGAAAAUCUGUGACCCUGGACUGACCUCCUUUGAACCCGAGGCUUUGGGGAACCUGGUUGAGGGGAUGGACUUCCAUAGAUUCUACUUUGAGAACUUGCUUUCCAAGAACAGUAAGCCCAUCCACACCACCAUCCUGAACCCUCAUGUGCAUCUGAUCGGAGAAGACGCCGCCUGCAUCGCAUACAUCCGCCUCACCCAGUUUGUGGAUGGACAGGGCCGGCCGCGCAGCAGCCAAUCGGAGGAGACUCGCGUGUGGCACCGCCGGGACUCCAAGUGGCAGAACGUUCAUUUCCACUGCUCCGGUGCGCCAGCUGCUCCUCUCCAGUGAAGAGUGGCUCUGCAGAGGAUACAUUAGAUGUGGAGGUGAAGGACAGGGAGGACUGAUAGGACGGCAGCAGGGGUCCAGCGUCGGAGCGCUCCCAAACCUCCAGCCUUCCAACGCUGGACACAGCCGUCCUCCCCCUGCAUGCUAACCAACAGUUAUCUCUCUACCUGCUGGGCUGCUCUUGAAACACAGCGUCCAGACCACCCCUCACCUCCGACUCCACCCAGCACGUCUUUAUGCCAAGACUCACCACCGACGCAAGAGCAGCACUGCAUUUAUUAAUCAUUGAGAGCGAUAAUAGACUCCAGGUUCCUGUCUAGAGUUAUAAUAUCCCGCACGAUUGCCUUCUUAUCCACAGUCCUUUGCGCUCCACUUUCGUCUUCACUGGCCUUAUGCCCCCUGUGCCCAGGUACUCCCAAAUACAGUAGAUCAUGUAUUAUUAUUAUUAUUAUUAUUAUUAUUAUUGUAUUCUUGUUAUUGUUACUACUAUUAUAAUGAUUAAUACUUCCGUCAGGAUUGCUGUUGUUCUUGAGAUUGUAUAUUUGAUGGUCAAAUUACUGUUUUGUUUUAAAACACUUUUGAGUUCUCUCUCUUUUUUUUUAAGCAUGGAUUUUAAGUAUUGUUUUUGUUUUUUUGGUGUUUAAGUAAUCUGAAGUGUACUUCGGCAGCGCUGUACAUGUUCAAGUUCACGGCUUGCUGUUUAAAUAACAUAAAACAGCGGCAGCACACACGUAGUUUCUAAGAUUUAAAACUCAUAUGUGGUGGCGACCAGAUUUCCCGUAACCGUGAUCAGUGUUUGUAUUAUCAGGGUGCUUCGUGGUCACCAUUGACUUUCCAAUCAGAUCGCUUGGAGGCAGCUGACAUCAUCACAUCAUUGAGGUUUGCCUCGUAUAUCUGCAGGUUGCCAAGUUGAAUUUCCGUCAGUCAGAGCUGUUUGUCUCUAAAUCGGAGCAUAAUCUCGUUUAUUGGCCAGCAGUUGAUGUGUCCAUCUUAUUGACAGUUGGUGCUGAUCUGGUCUUAUUUGGGAUGCUAUUUACCAAGUUCUGUUAAAGUUGUCUGUGAGAUUGUAAGAAUGUGAAUUUUUCUUGUUUUUUCCGUACAAAUACCUAAACAUUUUCAAAUCAAGAUACAUUUAUUUGAAGCAAAAUGUUCUCAGAUAUUAAAGAUAUUAAUAUAUAUAUAUAUAUAUAUAUAUAUAUAUACAUACAUACAUACAAACAUUUCAGGUACAGAGUUUGAAUAAAGUAGCUGUAUAAAUUAAAGAUUAAUCAUUAUUAAUUUUUAAUUAUUAAUUAAGUUACAAAAGCUAUUCAGUCAAGAGCAAUGAGUGAUUUCCUUGUCUUUAGUUGUUUGUUUAACAUUAAAAAUACAUACAGACAGCAGGAAUAUUAGGCUGCUGUCACUUUAAGACAUAAUGCACGGAUACUGAACACAUGCGUUCUUUCUCAGAAUAAGGGUCAGAAUAAAGGCUGAUUUUCCGCAUAUGCAGAAAAUCAGCCUUCAUUCUGACCCUUUGUCUGAAAUUACCCAUUUUUAAGGGGUGGGUCCUUUAAGGCUUGUCAGUAAACGGUCACUGUUUAUGAAUGGCUAACAUCAUUGCAUAGAAAACAGUAUCAACGCCCACUCGCUAUCACACAUAAGUGUUUUUAAAACAUUAUCCAUGUAGGCAAAUAUCAGCCAUUAAGCGACUGAUGGCAGUGGGCGGGGCCUAUGGUGCGAUGAUGUAUAACUAUUCAUCGAUGUCUUGCUCUGGAGGCAGUCAUGUAAAAAAUGUACUUGCCUGUGUGACAUCACAGAUCCCACAAUAUCAAAACGAACCAUUUUUGGAGCUUGAUUAAACAAAUGCUUUGUUUAUAAUGAGGAGGACGCUUUAAACCAUGAAACUUGCAGGAUGUUUUAAUGGUACAAAGACCUCUUAUAUGUCAAAAGAUCAAGGCAAAUUUGUUUUCUUAUGUCAUGAGCCUUUUAAGUCUUGCUUUCUGAAAAAAAUGAUCAAAAUUAAGUGGGUUUUUGCUGAAAACAAGAAAAUAUAUCUGCCAAUAGGGUUAGGAACAGAAAAAUACUUUUCUGACCCCAUUGGCAGAAUUAUUUUCUUGUUUUAAGCAUAAAGUAGUCAUUUUGGUUUUUGAUUGAGGAAUGUUUAGAUAUUUGAACUGGAAAACGACAAAAAUACUGAGUAAGAAAAUCUUUUUUGCGGUGUGUUUACGAUCAUUUCACUGUAAAGACAGAGCGAGUGUCGGUACGGGUUAUAGUUUUCUCUCUGAACAGUGAAAUAAGUUUGUUUUUUUCUCUAGGGAUCUUGUAGGACCGACUUGACUCGUUUUGAGAGCGUACAGCAUGUUGUUUUUAAGGGCCUUUAUUGUAAAGCAGCGAGAAAAAGUACUGCUGUUCACUGGCCACGUGUGUUCGAGAUUUAAAUAGCCAUUCUGGUUACCACGGUGAUCAGCAACCAAUGAGACGAAUUUUAACAAGUUUCUACCUUCGUCACAUGAACGUUGUGAUUCACCUCGACUCAGGCACCUACAGCUAUAGUUCCUCGUUUUUCUUUUUGUUCUGUACACACAGGAACUUUUUAUAUAUAAUUUAUGUGGUGUAAUUAAGGCAGUAUUGUUCUUUUUUUUUUUUUUUUUUUUUUUGUAUCCUUUUUAAGAGUGUGAGUGUGUGUACGUGUGGUUUUACACUGCAAUGGCACUGAUAUCCUGAAUGUGAAAGCAUAGUCACUAUAUUAAAGUGUUGAAAGCCAUAACGCACAGUCGACUCUUUUCAGCAGAUUUGAAGGGAUGUUUUUGUUAGUUAUCUUUCUAUCUAGCAGAAUUGGAAAACAGUCUAAUAUUUGCGCAUAUGGUUUGAUUAGGGGGCUUCCUGACAACUGGUACUGUUUUUGACGUCCCGUCAAAAGAUUUCUCUGCUACUGAAUGUGGGCCGCCAACUGAAGUCACAUGACCUUUGUUGAGGCUAGUUUGUAUGGAAGCUUGUUUCCGCCAUGUAAUAAAAAAUAAAAAGGUAAUUGCGACUUUUUAUCUCACAAUUCUGACUUUUUUCUCGCAGUUGCGAGAUAUAAACUCACAAUUGUGAGUUAUAAAGUCAAAAUUGUGAGAUAUAAACUCGCAAUUACAUAUUAUAAUGUGCAGUUGUGAGCUAAAAAAGACUGAUGUUUGUUCUCAGAAUUGCGAGUUUAUAUCUCACAUUCUGACUUUAUAAGACACAGUUGCAUGUUACGAAGUCAGAAUUGCAAGAUAUAAACUCAAUUCUGAGAAAAGAAAGUCAAAAUUGCGGGUUAUAAAGUCAGAAUUGAGAUAUAAACUCGCAAUUCUUUAUAUAAUGGAAUUCUGAUUUUAUAACUUGCAAAUGAGUUCAUAUCUCGCAAUUCUGAGAAAAAAGUCAGAAUUGCAUUAUAAAAACUCGCAAUCGUGAGGAAAAAAAUUUUUUUAUUUAGUGGCGGAAACAUGCUUCCGUAAGUUUGUGUUUUCUGUUGCUUUUAAUUUUAUUCUGAAAUGUGACUUUUACUUUUGUAGUUGGCUUUAAUGAACCCAGAGUUGUAAAUGGUGAAAAAUGCGACAUCCACCGCAAACAGCAAUCUGCAUGUCGACAAACCGGUGUAAUUUCUUAUGUGUUUAUUGAAGAUCAUUGAAAAAUACAACAGCUCAAUAAAUAGAUAUCUUGUAAAACUACCGCUGCAUAGUGUUAACUUAUAUUGUAGAUGGAUACUAUUUGCAUGAACUUACACUUCACAAUAAUACAUUUUGGUGAAUUUUUUUUUUUCUUUUCAUUGUUUAUUUUAUACUGAAUGCUGGUGAUUCUAUCUAUUUUCUGAGCUUUGUAAGUGCAUAUAACUAUUUUGUCUAAAAAUGAUGAUGACUUACUGAUAUUAACUAUCAUGGUAAAACAUAAUUAUUCUGAUUGUACGGCAUGCUUUGUAAAGGCAUUUGUUGUUGUUUGAGCAGUGUUGGCUGAGCCCAAAUGUGAAAAUGUGAAAUAAUGAACAAUGUUUUUAUUAGCGUGGGUCAAUCGCAGCGUUUGCCGCUGUCACGCUUGGUCACAUGAUGCAUGUGUUUUUAUUAUGGAAUGGAUCGUGCUUUGGCUGCCAGUCUACAAAAGGGACCUCGAAUUAUGUCAGUGUUCAAUGUAAGCAUCUGAUUUGCAUUUAAUCAACAGCCCUCAUUGUGCUUUGCUCAAAUGCUGUCUAAACCUGUAGGGGGCGCUCUUUACCACACUUUUAUAGUUAGAGAAAAUACAUAACUUUACAAGAUAUUCAAAAAUUCACUCACUUUUAUGCUUAAACAGAAACACAAUCUUCAUGCACUAAAAAUGUUUUAAACCUAAAUCAUUGCAAAAAAAAGUUUUAUCCUCAGUUUUUUUGUCUUGUUUUCCAGUGUAAAUAUCUAAACAUUCUCAAAUCAAGAUACAUUUACUUGAGAAGCGAAAUGACUUAAUAUUUUAUGUCUUGUUUUAUGAAAAGUUUAAGUAACUUUACACUUAAAACAAGAAAAAAUAUCUGCCAACGGGGUCAGAAAAAUCGACUUAAUUCAAAUGGAAGACGAGAUUAUUUUUCUGACCCCAUUGGCAGAUAUUUGUUCUUGUUUUAAGCAAAAACUCAGCCAAUUUUUCAAAAUAUCUUGUUAUUGUAUCUUGAUUUAAGAAUGUUUAGAUAUUUGUACAGGAAAACAAGACAAAAAUACUUAGGAAGAAUAUCAUUUUUUGCCGUGUAUGCACUGAAUAACCACCAAAAGAGUUUAAUCUCUGUUAUCCACUGGAUACUUCUCCAAUCAAUGGCCUGUAGGAUGAAACGGUUCAAGUGACGAGUGUUAUAAUCUAAUCAGGCCACUAAUGAGAAGCUUGUGUGUGCGUCUGAAUGUGUUUGAGUGUGUUACACAUAUGUGAAAGAGUGAAUCGGUGUUGUGUUUCUCUAGUGGUGACGCAUUGCUGCUCUUACAACAUCAAAACAAUAGCGGUCAAUUUGUAGUAUUCACAUUUUCUCCCAAUGUCUUUUUUAAUCUUUGCUUAAAUCUGAUGUCUUCACAUUUCUCUGAAGAUGAGCCUUCCAACUUUGCAGAGUUUUUUUGUAUGUGAUCUCAAAUCCUGCAAUGUGGAUUUUAUUCAGUCACGAAAAAGUUAGAUUAUUAUAAAAUCUUUGUUUCUCCUGGUUCUUCUCGUUAUUAAUAUUCAUAUCUGUUCUUCCAAUGUGCUCUCCCUCUUUUUCUCUCUAUGUGUGCUAUAGGAAAUGUAUUAAGAUGUAAUCAGUAUUACCAAUAAAAAGACUAUGUCAAAAUCUA